UCACGAAGCCACAUUCAAACACCCAAACCACGCACACCGCUCCAAAACACCUCCAAAAACACUCCACAAUCACAAACCCAAACCAAUCUCAAGUUCUACAACAAAAACUCAUAGCAACCCAACACCAUAUAUAAAGAUCAAGAGCAAGAUCAAAGCACACUAGCUAACGUCACAAAUCCAGUGAUAGAUAUACACACACGCAUCGAUACAAAAGGAGCAAGCGCCUGGGGCAAGGAGACGAGGAGGAAAGCGCGGCAAUGGGCAGCGCCGGCAAGAUCACGAGAACGGCGCUACACGCCUUCUUCCGGCACUACCACCCGGCGGCUUCCGCGGCGUCGCUCCUCGCGCUGCCCUUCUCCGCCGCCGAGCUCCUCUCGCGCUCGCACCCGGCACUGGUCGGGCCGUCCCAUCUCCUGUCGCGGCGCCUCCGACGGGUCCUCGCCGCCGCAGGCUUCCCGCCGGCGUCCCAGAUCCUCUUGCUCCUCAGCCACCGCCUGUCCCAGCGCGCGUGCGCCUUCCUCGCCACCCUGCCGUUCUCGCUCUCGUUCCUGCUCCUCGCCAAGGCCUGCGCCGUGCAUUGCUGCUCGAUGCCAUUGCAGCGGCGGCAGCGGCAGCGGCGUGCGCCUGCGGGGAUUGUCAUUCGAGAGGUGCUGCGGUCGUCGUACCCGGCGAUGGCGCGGACGCAGCUCGUGAACUGCCUUGCGCUGCUGCUCGCCAACGCGGUCGUGUUCGCCGCGCUGCUCGCCGCGUUCAACGCCGCGGAGGCGCUGCAGAUGCUGGGCCCCGGAUCCGGCUCCGGCUCCGACGGCGUCAGUGGCAGGGCCGUGCUCGCGCUCUCGGCUGCCGGCGUGAUCGUCUACUCUGUGGCGCUCGCCAACGCCGCCGCGGUGUGCAACCUGGCCACGGUCGUCGCGGCCGCUGAGGGCCGGGGCGGCGCCAGCGCCAUACUCAAGGCGCUCCUGAUGCUGCUCCGGGCCGGCAACGCCGCCACUGCCGUCGCCGCGUCCCUGCCGGCCAGCCUCGCCGCCGCCGCCGUCGAGGCGCUGUUUCAGCUCAGGGUGAUGCGGCCGUACACGACCACGGGCAAGGUGACCGCGGCGAUGGUCUUCGAGGGGCUUCUCGUCGCCUACAUCCACGCCAUGAUUUGUGUCCUUGACACUGUCGUCACCAGCAUGGUCUACCAGACCUGCAAGGUCAGCCAUUCUUGUGACCUCUUGGAGCUGGAGCUGGAAAGCAAGGAGGACUUGAGAGUCUGAAAAAAAUUUCCCGCAAUUUUAAUUGCUAGAGCGUAGAGCGCAGACAUCUCAUGAUGGUGAUGCUCAUCGAUAAAUUCUCGAUUUUUUUGUCCCUUUUUUAUCUUUAUAAGGGUUAAUUGCUGGUUCUGGGGACAAAGAUGCUGUUAAUUAGUCUUAGAAGUGCAUCAGGUCCAUCAGACUGCUAAGCGGGCCAAUUUGUAAAUAAUUGGAA